CUGUAAAAGAAUGUGAAGUCGAAUUAGUCCAAGAAUCCAAAUUUGAAAAAUCUGAAACUAUCCUUGAGGUUGCAUUAAAGAAUAUUGACAGCUCAAAUAAACAAUUGAACACACCCACUGUAGUUUUCAAAAAAAGCCUUGGGACAAAUGAUGAUAAACUGACUGAAGAGGUCAGUAAAGAUAAUAGUAAUUCUUGUAUAGUUGAUAUCAAUGAGACCUUGCCGUUAGUAGAAAAUCAAGAACAAAAAUUAAAACCAGAUGUCGAGCAACACGUAUUAGGUAUGUCCUUGGAAAUGCCUAUGCCUUCAAUUAUUGAUACUUCUGAUUCACAAUUGGACAACAAUCUUAAAGAGACCUUAACUAUUAAUGAAAAUAAUGAAUUUACUGAAAACAGUGACAUACCUCCAUCAAAUAAAUCAUGUAUGCAUGAUGCAAAAGUAACACCAGGGGAAGAAAUUGGGGAAAUUUCUUUGAUAGAAACUCCUAUUGAUGAAGAAAAAGUUGCUGAUACUGAUAACAUUUAUGAACAAAAUAAAGAAUUACCAGAUAACGUACCAAUUUCAGUUUUGAAUGAAAUUAAAAAGAGUGAACAGACAACGACCAGAAGUGAUGAAGCAGCAGCUGUCAUCGAGAGUGAAGAUAAUAACUCAUGCACUUCAAUUGAGAAUAAACCAGAAGUGAAAGAAAUAGAAGAAAGUAGGGUAAUACUGGAGACCAAGACCUUACUUGAAGAGGAAAAAGCUGCUGAUACUACAAAUAAUGUUACUGAUGACAUUAUUGAACAAAAUAAUGUGUUACCUGAUAAAUUUCCAAUUGUUGUGGAUAAAAGCAGUAAACAGACAACAACCGAAAGUGGUGAAACAGUUAACAUCAAUGCUGGUAAUAAUUCGUCAUCCAUUUUGUCAGUUUUUAACGAACUUGAAGUACAAUCACUAGAAGAAAUUGAGGAACUGCCAAAAAUAAAAACUGAUGUCAAAGAAAAAAAAACUGGUGGUACCACACAUGUUACUGGUAACAUUAGUGAACAAAAUAAAAUAUCAAGUAACAAAUUGCCAUUAAUAACUGUGGAUGAUAACAAUAGUAAUAAACAGACAACAACUGAGAGUAAUGAAGCCCCUAUUAACAAUGCUGGGGGUAAUAUAUCCACCAGUUCAUCAAUUGAGAAUAAACCAGAAGUAAAACAAUUUGAAAGAAUCGAGGAAUUGCCAAAUGUGGAGACCCCUAUUGAAGACGGAAAAAGUACUGACAUUAUAAAUAAUGUAAUUAGUGACAUCAAUGAACAAAGUAAAAUAUUACCCGAUAAAUUGCAGAUUACAGUUGAAGGUGAUAUUAAAAUCAAUAAACAAAGAAUACCUGGGAGUGAUGAAGCAUCUCUCAUUAACAAUAAAGCAAAUAUAUCUACUUCUUCGGUUGUGAAUGAACGAGAAGUAAACUCAAUGGAAGAAAUUGAGGUAAACCUUAUGACAGACACCCUAAUAGAAGAGAAAAACUCUUCUAAUGCUACAAAAAAUAAUGAUACUUGUGAUACUAUUGGAAUAAAUAAAAUAAUACUCCCUGAUAAAUUGCCAAUUACAGUUGAAGAUGAUGUUAAAAGUAAUAAACAGAUAAAACCCAAAAAUGAUCAAGUACCUGUUAUCAAUAGUGGAGACAAUGAAUCAUCUAUUUCAGAAAUUGAGACUAAACCAGAAUUACAAGCAGUAGAAGAAAUUAAAGUAUUAUCUCAUGCAGAUAUAACAACUAAUGAAGAAAAAGUUUCUGAUUGUUCAAUAAAUGUCAUUGAUAACAUUGAAGAACAAAAUAAAGAAUUACCUGAUAAAGUGCCAAUUACAGUUGUGGAUGAUAUUAAAAACAAUGAACAGACAAUACUCAGAAGUGAUGAAGCAGCUGUCAUCAGUAGUGGGGAUAAUAACUCAUCUAAUUCACUAAUUGAAAAUAAACCAGAAGUGAAACCAGUAGAAGAUAUGGGGGUAAUAAUAACAAAGACAGAGACCUUAGUUGAGGAGGAAAUAGUUGCUGAUAAUACAAAUAAUGUUACUGAUGUCAUUAAUGAACAAAAUAAGGUGUUACCUGAUAAAUUGACAACGUUUGCUGUAGAUGGUAAUAUAAACAAUAAACAGACAACAUCGGAUAGUGGUGAUGCACUUGACACUAAUUAUGGUGAUAACUCGUCUGUUUUGAAUGAACCUGAAGUAAAAUCACCCGAAGAAAUUGAAGAAAUACCGAAAACAGAAACUUGUAUUGAAGAGGAAAAAGUAGAUGAUUCUACAAAUAAUGUCACGGGUAACAUUAACGAACAAAAUCAAAUAUUAAGUGAUAAAUUGCCAUUAACAGCUAUGGAUGAUAAUACAAGCUGUAAACAGACAUCUGGAAGUGAUGAAAUACCUGAAAUUAAUAUAGAUGAUAAUAACUCAACUAUUUCCAAGCAGUCACGAAAAAGACAGAAGAAAACAAGUGUUCCAGAUGAUUAUGAAGAGUCACAAGAAGUUUCACCCCCUAAAAAAGAAGCAAAAACAAUUGAUAUGUUAAAUAGUUCUAAUGAACUUUUAUCUCAAGAUACUAAUAAAUUACCCCCUCAGGAUUCAGAACCUCCAACAAAAGUAACUAAAUCACCUGCAGUUAAAGAAGUUCCAGCACCAGUUCGAGUGUCUGCUAGACAGAAGCAAAGACAAGCAGCAGCUGCUGCAGCAUUAGCUGCAGAAGAGAAAGCAAAAACCACCAAAUCUUCUCCAGAGAGUUUUUCCAAAAAAGUUGUUAUCCAAGAGAAAAGUGGGGAUAAACGAGUAAAGAAAUCUCUUAGUCCGACUAAAGAAUUGCAAAUAAAAAUUUCUUCUAGUAAACCAGAAGUUUCUAAACAAUCACCGAUUGUUAGUCAAAAAUCUCCUAAAGAUAUAGACACUAAGCAAUCCCCACAAUUUUCACCAAAGAAAAUGUUGAAACAAUUAGGUCAAGAUAAACUUGAACCUAUAACUUUGAAGUUAUCUAAAGAAGAAAAUCCAGUUAUUGUAAGAUCAUCAUCACUUUCUCCUAAGAAAGUAUUAUCUCCUUUAUCACCUCAAACCAAAACAUUAGGCUAUACACUCAAGAUUAAUAAAGACUCAACUAAAAUUGUUCCAAAAGAUUCAGCAGUUUCCCCAAAUACAAGGGACGCUUCACCAAGUUCAAGUAACACUAAAGCAGAUCUCUCAGGAAAAGUUGGAUACCUUAUUAAAGAUACAGGCUUGACAAUAACUCCUAUUGCUCCUGCUGAAACUCAAGACCAAAAACUUAGCAAAAUUACUCUGAAACUGUCAAAAGCUGGAGGUCAUCCCGAAAUCAAACAGGAAAAAAGUGAAACUUGGAAAGCCAUUCAAAAAUUAGGAGAAAUAGAUAUUGUUCCGGUUGAAGGGAAACCGUCUCCUGAAAAUUCAAAAAGAAAAGAAAAGCCUGACCAAGAAAGUCCAGAGAAAAAAAUCAAGCUAGGAGAAGUCACAGUUGAGCCAGCAAGUUCUGGAAUGAGUAAAUUACAGGGUUUGUUAACACAAGCUCCUCUAAAUCAGUCUGAUGAUUCAGAAGACAUUCAGUUUGUUGGCUUUAGUCCAUCUCCUGAGAAAGUACAACCUACACAACAGUUAACUUAUGAUUUAGGACUAGUCAAACAGGAAACUGAGCCAGUGUUACAAAAGAAACGUGGAAGACCUCGAAAAAUUAUAACUCCUCCUGAAAUUGGACAUUCAGUGGGUCAGUCAAUACCUUCUGGAUUAUCAGCAAAAGAUAUUCUUGCUGCAAGUCUUCAACAUCAAACUUUGCAGCAGCAUAUACAGCACUUACAAUCACCAGUGUCAAUCAUACCAUCUGAAGAACAAGAAUGCUCUUCAACUAUGUUCCCAGUUCCUUUGUUUGAUCUUUCAGAAGACACGUUUAUGGAUCCCACUCCCCCUACAGUAUUCCCAGAACAAGUUCAACCACAAACAAUUUUGAGAUCUGCUAGAGGGAGGCCAAUCGGAAGAUCUAGAAGAUCCCGGGGAUCAGGCCUCUUGAGAACAUCAGAACGAGGAGGUCCUCGUGGCCGACCAAGAGGUAGCAGAGGAAUUAAAAGAAUGUUGGAAGAAAUGGAAGCUUUGUCUUAUCAGGAUGUUGAUGAGCAUAUAACAUUGGACAACAUAGAUUCAGAAAUUGGACCUAGAAUACCAGAGCAUUCCGGAUCACAGAUUACAGAAAAAACAAUUGCAUUAUUAAGGAAGAGUAUUGAAGGAAAAAGAGAAGGAAUUGAAAAAAGAGCUAGAAAAUCAGAUUCUGGCGAUGACAAGAAUAGAGAUAGUGAUAUUGAUGCCCAAGUUAGAGAGAUGAAAGAAAAGAUUGAAGCAGCUUACCAAGCAGAACUUAAAUUUCCAGGAAAAGAAGGAAAGAAAAAGACUCCUGAAAAGGGGGAAGGGAGGGAAAAGAAAGGUCCUCCUGAACUUAUUCCGCUACAAAAAGGUAAUACACCCGAUAAGAAAGUAAAAGUCAGUAGCGAAGAUGUAAGUUUUAGAAAAAUAUCUACAGAUGGAACAUCUGAUUCUUUCCAUGGUGUAGGUAAAGAAUCUCUCAAAAGAAAGUUAGAUGAGGAAAAUACUGAACACACCUUUGAAAAUAUAAAAAGGAAAUCUACAGAAGAUUCAAUAAACGAAAGUAAUCAGCAAGGAAGUUCACAAGAUCAAAGUGAAACUGAAAACUUAACUACUGAAGAUAAUAGUUUAAAAGAAUCCUUAAAAGAAAGUGAAGAUGGUGAUACAAUGGAUGUUGACCAACCGGUUUCACCUGAAGAACCAGAGCAAGUAGUGGAAGUUAAAUCUGAACCUGAACCCCCUCCAAAGCCUGUCAAACCUAGACCUAAAAGCAAAGCAGAAAUCAAAAGAAUAAAACGUGAAAAAGAUAGGAUAAGAAGAGAAGCAAAGAAACUUGCAGCUCUAGAAGCUUUGAAGUUGGCACCACCACCCAACCCGUUUGAGGAAGAUACAAGGAUGAGCGCAACUGACCCUAAUGGUGAAGGAAUUGAUGACCCUCUUGGAAGUGGAAUCAAAAAGAAUAGAAUGGAAGUUGGUGACCCAGAAGGGAAAGAGUUUACGGUGGACCAAAUCGCAGAGUACCAGUGGCCUCUGCAGGGAGGAGAGCUGUACAUGAUCCAGGAACAGAUCUCCACCUAUCUAGGUGUCAAGAGUUUUAAACGAAAGUACCCAGACUUGAAGCGGCGGCCUGUUGAAAUGGAGGAGCGAACAUUCCUCUGUGACAGCGGACUGGUGUCUGAAUCUAUGUGCGAUCUCGGAUUGACCGCAGUGAGCAGCUCUGAGGUGUUAGACAUUAUGUUCCAAGAUUUCCAAGAACAGUACGAGGAGUUGCGUAAACACAUGCGGGAAAAACAAGCUCGGGAACUCAUCAACAAACAGAAAGGUAUCAAGAGGAAGAAGUUUGAGCUAAGCCUGUCCAAGUCGGACCUAAAGGAGCAAGCUAUCCAGUCAGCGGUGAGCUGGAACUCACAACUGAACCGAAGCCGCAGCGAGAGUCGGCGCUGCCAUCUUGAUCUGCAGACUUGGACCAUACAGUACCCUCGUAGCCGGGGGAGCAAAAUGACAAGGCCCACACCCAGGCUAGGCAACUAUCCAGUGGCUCUCAUACCAGGACAAUACGCUGACUUCUACAAGAGGUACACGGCCCAGGAGCUGCGGUAUUGGCCAGUCAACACAGUGUUGUAUGGGCCUCUGCAGCCCAACGAAAGGCAUAGCACGGGCGGUUCGGACGGCAGCCAGUCAGAAAUGACAGCUCGAGUGAUGGAGAAGGGGAGGGAACCUGUGAAGAGGAGGAAAAAGGAUGCAAAGCCUGUGGGGGAAAGAGGGGUGGUGAGGCGCUCGUACAGUGCUCCCAGUGCGGCCACAACAGUUCCACAGCUACUGUGUGGGCUUGAGGAGAGUGCCCCAAGGCUCUUGGACCUGCAGUCGGUGCUGAUUACUGGGAUGUUGAAGGUGACUGAACUCACUUUGAUAACCGUUUCAAAUUACUUUAACAAUAGUUGCGUCCACUCACACCAUAGAGCACAGGCCUAA